GCGGGCCUCCUCCUCCGCCGGACUUUCUCCUGAGAGUCUCUAGAUCGCAGUAGAUCCUUGCUCGCGGAACGCGCAGAGUAGCGCGAUCAUGAAUUAGAAAGCGAUCGCGCGCGGCAGACCGCACAAUUCCUUCCGGUGCGCGGCAGAACUCGACGGGGCACAUGUUAUUACGACGCGACCGCUCCUCGCGAUCUUCGUCCGCCAAAUUCGGUAGAGCCUCGUUGCCCGCCGCCGAGUGUUCCGCUUGUUGCACAGUUGCCUAGGCGACUAACGUGCGUGCGAGUGCGUGUUCUCGGUGUUGCGUACGUGCGUAACGCGCGUGUGCAUGUGUUCGCCUCGUGGUAGUUGUUCAACUCGUCGUUGGCCGCGUUCACACGGAGUGCUAUGAUAAUAGACCGCUCGCCGUUAGGACGCCGACUCUCGCACCGUUCCAGCGCCUUCCUCGACGCGUCGAUGUCCCGUGGCGCGGAAGCCUGAAGGAAGGUUGUUAUUAUGGAUUACCCGGUGUUGGGCCACUACGAUCCCACCGCAGAGACCACGGCUGGUAGCACCUGCGAGGACCAGCAAGAGCUGCUAUGGGAAGGAACUAAUUAUGUCUUGCCCGGAGAUGAGUAUGUACCUGCGGCGGAGCAGUUCGGAGAAGAUUUUGCCGGGGCUGAGUUUCGCGAGACUAGAACGUUGCUCGCCGAUGGCGGAGAUAGAUUUGGAGUUUCCACUGCCACUUUCGAUACGAUUGAGGAGCUUAUGUGGAUGGGGAAUCAAGGGGGUCAUGUAACGUCUUACUAUGGGCCUGGUUUACAAAAGUACACCUCUUUUCAAGUCCACGCGACUCAGGAGAUACGGCAGAUUCAUCCUGUGGAUGAGGGGAUCUUAGUGUUGUCGCAGAGUCAGCUGAGGUGUCAGUUGCGGCGGGGCAUACCGAUAUUUACGCACACGUCGUUGAACAUGAACGAUAUGCAGUGCAUGUUACAAAUCUCACCGACCAGGCUGCUCAUGGGCGGACAUCAGGAAAAGAUAAUCGAUUUUAAUCUCACCACGGGGAAAGAGACUGGAUUAGUACAAGUAGGAGAACACGGUUGUGCGAUAUUGCGGCAGCACAGUAGACUUAUUUGCGCGGGGAAUCCCGCGGGAAGGAUAGAUCUCAGGGACCCAAAUACAUUAACGGUAGAGCAUACUUUCGACACGCAUAGCGGCUCCCUCAGUGAUUUCGAUGUCCAGGGCAAUUAUCUCGUUACGUGCGGAUUCAGCAACAGCCGUCAAGGCCUCGCUGUUGAUCGCUUUUUAAUGGCCUAUGAUCUGCGACAAAUGAGAGCGUUGAGUCCGGUGACCACUCUGGUAUACCCCCUCUUACUGAGAUUCCUACCGAGUUACUCUAGUCGGCUCGCGGUGGUCUCGCCCUUGGGACAAAUGCAGUUGCUCGAUACGAUAUACGCAAAUGUACAGCCAUCGAUGACAUGCUUGUAUCAGGUUGCUACCGGCGGCGCGAUGAUAUUGUCAUUUGACGUAGCUUCGACAUCUCAGUUUCUCUGCUUCGGGGACGCGGCGGGUUCGAUACAUCUAAUGUCCACCAACAACCCGGAGCCUCAAUUUAACACGUUUUCUAGGCCUACGGAAUUUGCCGAUCCGGUCGAGACAUUGCAACCUAUUCCGUUCGAUGAUGACGUUACGCCGCUUAGUACAAUACCAAUAAUGUAUUCUGAACAACCACUUCUGAGUGAUUGGCCGGAAGAAUUUCUAAAAAAAGUUUAUAGGAAAACUCCGCCGAUCGAUCCCGAAAUUUUGCGCACAAUGAAGAUGCAGGGAACAAUUGGAUACGCGCCGAAUCCUCAGGCUUUUCGCCGAAAUCAAGUACCGUACGAUUUGGAAAAACGACGUGGCUUAGUCGCGAAGCUUUUCGCGGGGGACUCACGGUCUAAAACAGACGGCGACGCUGCUUUCGUGGCGAUACCUAAGCGUUAUCGUAAGAUCGAGUUGAAAUAUUCACGGCUCGGUUACGACGAUUUCGAUUUCGAUCAGUACAAUCGCACCAGCUUUUGCGGCCUGGAGGCCACCUUGCCCAACAGUUAUUGCAAUGCUAUGCUGCAGCUGCUAUACUACUGCGAGCCUGUGCGGAUAGCGUUGCUCUCGCAUUCGUGCCAGCGAGAAUUCUGUCUCUCCUGCGAGCUUGGCUUCCUGUUCCACAUGCUGGACAUCUCGCGAGGGUUGCCCUGUCAGGCCGCGAACUUCCUCAGGGCUUUCAGGACGGUGCCCGAGGCAGCGGCCUUGGGGCUCAUACUGAGCGACCUGCAUCCGGAAGCUAAGAGGAAGAUCAGCUUGAUCAGGCUUAUACAAAGCUGGAACCGGUUCAUCCUGCAUCAAAUACAUUAUGAGAUCCUGGAGACUAAGAAGCGGCAGCAGGAGGAACAAGAGGCGGCGCGGCUCAAGUUGGGCUCCAAGUAUCCGCCGUUUGUCUAUAACGAGCAGGAUUUCCCGAGCAUCCUCGAGGACCUCGGUUCUCGGUACAGGAGCCACGACGAAGAGAGGAGGAGGAGACGGAAGCAAGAGGAGGAUGGUAAAUAUAUGUGGAUCACAUCGAAAGAUAAGAACACCAAAAAAUCCGCCGAAGAGAACGAAGUACGGGACGAAGAAACAGAGAUCAGUCGUCUAUUUGGAUCCGAACAAAUGCACAUACAUCGCUGUCUCAAAUGUGGGCAAGAAGCUACAAAACAUUCCAUCAUGUUGCUGUCGAACUUAGUUUAUCCGGAAAUAGUCAAUUCUUCUGAAGAGGUACCGUUCACGAGUGUUCUUGCCCGCAGUUUAAGACCCGAGAAAAUUACACCCGCAUGGUGUGACAAUUGCCAGAAAUUUACACCUACUCUCCAGUCUCGACAAUUGACUAAACUACCUCAAAUACUGGCUCUAAACUGCGGCUUAGAUACUCAGCAGGACAAGGCGUUCUGGCAGAAUCAGAUGGACAUCGUGGUGCAAAAGGUGUUGGCCGGGAAGGAAAUUAGUCCCUGCUCCAGCCCCGUGCCCGUCACCGCCAAGCCGUGCCGAUACGGCAAUAAUUGCACUCGAGUCGGGUGUCGAUUCAGGCACGUCGGUCGCGACUCGGAGUCGGAGAGAGUGUUACCGUCACCUACGACUUCGUCGGCGUCGCCUCCUAGUCACUUGUAUUACUCGCAUUCCUGGAUACCUCACAACAUCGAGAUCUCCCUCGACGAGAACGGAGAACUGACUGUGCGGAAACUGAACGGCUUGGCGAACGAGUCGAAUAACGGCGCGUCCGCGCGAACGAACGUGGUGAUGGAGAACGGCCGAGACGACAGUAAGGUACAAAUAAUCGCCGAAAACGUCGGGGACGAUCACGACGGCGAAGAGAGCGCCGCGAACAGCAACGCUGCCGAGGCGAAAAGUACAAAUCCUGAUAUUCCCAUUAAUACUCAAAAAAUACAAUACAGUCUCAGCGCCGUUGUCUGUUACGUCGACGACAAGACUAACGAGGAGCGGAGGAACAUCGUGGCGCUUCUGCAGGUCGGGCCGAAUUAUCACGAGCGAUUGUCGGGCAGUGCAGUGUCGCAGUGGUACAUCUUCAACGAUUUCUGUAUAUCGGCGGUGACACCGCAGGAAGCGGUGUGGUUCAAUCUCGACUGGAAGAUACCGUGCGUGCUUCAUUAUACGGCGAUACCUGCGCCCGAACCGACGCCGUUUGUCAACCCGCUCACGUACGACGUGUUUGGGGAAGACAAGUGCAUCGCUCGCAGCGGUGGGACCAGAGGCAUCACGUUCACACCACUUUCGUCGGACGAGAUGCCUCAGAAAGGAGAGUUGGUAGGAAUCGACGCGGAGUUCGUUACUUUGAAUCAAGAAGAAUCCGAGCUGCGGAGCGACGGCAAGAUGUCGACCAUCAAACCGAGUCACAUGUCGGUCGCGCGAAUUACCUGUAUACGCGGGCAAGGCCCACUGGAAGGUACACCAUUCAUAGACGAUUACAUAAGCACGCAGGAACAGGUGGUCGACUACCUUACCAAAUUCAGCGGGAUUCAGCCGGGCGACUUAGAUGCGAACUUCAGCAGCAAGCAUCUCACUACUUUGAAGUCAACGUAUCAGAAGUUGAGGUUUCUAGUAGACAACGGCAUCAUCUUCGUCGGCCACGGCCUGAAGAAUGAUUUCAGGGUGAUAAAUCUGGUGGUGCCACCGGAGCAAAUAGUGGACACAGUUUUGCUGUUUCACUUACCUCGUCAUCGCAUGGUGUCGUUACGUUUCUUGACCUGGCACUUCCUAGGCAAGAAGAUUCAAUCCGAGACUCACGAUUCAGCGGAGGACGCACGAGCGGCUCUGGAAUUGUAUCGCAAAUACAAGGAACUGGAGGACUCGGGGCAAUUGGCAGAAACGCUCAAGGAGCUCUACGAAGUGGGCACGCAACUGCAGUGGAAAGUAAAGAAACGGGACGACUCCCCGCGUCGUACUUAGUCUAUUCUUUCUCAUCACGAAUCCGUAAGUUCGUUCAUUAAUGUUGCUCGUGCUUUCAGGUUCCUGAUAGCUGAUACGAGGGUGAUGUGUGUAACGAUGUAGACGAUAAGAUAAAUUUCAAUAGUGAUCACGACGAGUAGGUGACACGGACAUUUUUUUUAAUGUGUCCAUUUGUUCAACAUCACACGGAGAAAGGAGAAACGAGGAUUUACGGAAAAAAAAAUGGUUUAGGUUAAGGCCAAGGCUGAUGGUUAAUGUUAAGGUUAAGGCUCCAAUAUCUUCAGUCGAAAAGGGAAGAAAGAAUAUGACAAAUAUGCGAGCCGGUCCGCUGAAGUAAAUGUGCAAACUAUGAAAAGUAUAUAUAUUUUUUUUUAAUAUGAUAUUACCGUCAAUACAGAAUAUCUUUUAUCGGGCUUUUCUCAAAAAAGAUCAAGAGAAUAAUUAGAGAAUAAUUAGAGAGUCAAAAAUUUCGAGAUAGAGAUUAAAAAGAAAAUUAAGGGAACCGAAUUGUACUUAUGGACAUUCUAUAUUAAUCCUUAAUUGAAAGAGGCCAAUGAGAGCCGGAGUUGGUAAGUAGUUACGAGAUUAAAAAUUAUUAGAUUUAAAAAGUCGAUGAAUCCGAAAACGUUUCGGUCAUAGAUUCCGAGCCUUUUCAAUCACAAAGAUUGACUGCGUAGUACUGGUCGUAACCAGUAAAUUCUUUCUGAGAGUCUGAUUCAUAUAUUCUUUAUUAUAUUUCUUGUAUGAAGAAAAAAUUUGGUGACGUUUUGCGCAUUUACUUCAUAUUUUUUCUUCCUUUCCUGAUUGAUAAUGAAAAAGACUCGGAGGUAAGCUCGUCACGCGCUACGUUUGCGAUUGAUGAAAAAUUUCGAUGUUCAUAGUCCAAUUGGAGAAUGGGGAAUGCGGGGGAAAGGUUUAUUUUACGCACGCACACGCACGCGCGCGCGCCCACACACACACACACACACACACACACACACACACACACACACACACAACAUGUAUUAAUUAUUAGAUAGAUCUUAAGAAUUGCGUGAUCGCGAUACACGUGAAAUUAAUAAUUCGCUGUGAACCGGCAAGGACCCCCGGUGUGUACUCGUUUAGUGUCGUUCUCAUCGGUUGUGUUAACAUCAAUCAUUGUUGCAUCCGUUCAUUAGACGUGUGAUGUAUAAACUUUACAAGAACAAGAGAUAACGCGGCAGUUCGCGAGUAUUUCGUCAGUAUCCGUCUGAUCUCGAUCAUGCGUAGUCGGUUAGAAGGCGAGAUCGAACGAGAACAACUCUUGUUGAUCGUGAUUUUAAACGCGGCCGUCCGGUUUGGCGGCUGAACCUGUACAUAUUGUCCGGUCGACGUCAUCGGCGUUUUUAGGGAGCAGCAGCAACGAUUGCCGCCACUGCCCGACAGAAUAUCAAUGUAUCGUUGUAAUUUCUUAAUCGCUCAUAUUGUGUCCCGUGUGAAAGCCAACGUAUUCCAUCCCCAAUCCAUCAGACGAGACAGCCGGGCGUAGACGUAAUAAAUAGUUGUUAAUGCAGUAGCAAUAAUAAUCGGAUCGCGUUCAUCCGGUAAGUACGUUGUACUUAUAUAAGUACACCGAGUAAGCGACAGUAAAACACACACAUCAUACACACACACGCACACACCCACCGUUUCCUUUUAUACGUACCUCCUCGAGCGCGUUUAACUUUUGUACGACUUUACAUCUCUCAUAUGCAGGAUUUUUUAUAAAAAUUUUCAUCCCAAUGGACCUCGGUUCCUUCGGCAACCCCGAUCAUGUACAUGAGUAUAUUUACACACAUGUACCGAAACAGUCACAGCAUUUUCAUUCGUCGCCGUGAGCGAUCGUCACAUCUCGAAACUGACUCCAUUUGUACGAGGCUUUCGAAACGCGAAAGAAGAAGAGGAAAAAAAAACAAAGAAAACCUAUUAACGAGAAUAUGGUAGUAUAUUUUACAAACUGACAAUUGUACUCAUUAUAGAUUAUUUUUAUAUGCAUUUUACUAAUGAGAAGAAAAAAAAAGAUAUGAAGGAUACUGUCCAGAUCUAUCGAGAAAAAAAGUCGAGAUUAAGGCUCCUAUUUCUUCGCCGUGACCACCUUGAUUAAUGACAUUAAAAGCGAGAAAACGUGUAAAGUUUUUGCGGAAUACGUCGAAAUAAAAAUAUUGCAAUCGAUCGAGUAAUUUCUGAAAAAUAGGGAACUUUCGUUUUAUUCUAACAGACAAUAAACAGCCAUAAGAUUAAUGUAGCAAAAUGAUAAGAAAGGAUCAUUUUACAGUUAUUCAUUGAUUGUUAGAGCAAAAGUAAAGUUUUCGAACUAUUUCACAGAGCUGCUCGAUCGACUGCAACUGUAUCACUUUAUGGAUAUAUCUUUUUAUUUCAAUGUAUUUCGCAAGAUUUUUCUUGAGCAGGUGUCUUCUCGUUUCUGAAGUCAUCAAAACAAGAUGGCCGCGGCGAGGAAACGGGAGCCUUAAUGAAGCAUAUAUUUUUUUAUAUCCGGAGAAAUUUUCUUAUAAUUUGUGCACGAUGUAACUUAUACACCGAUUUCAGCGGAAACGGUCAAUACAAUGCAGGCAGUACACACGAUGUUGAUAUAGUAAGCAUUUGUUUUACGUCAACCGCUGUUACGUCAUUGUAAUUUUUCAAUAAAUGGUUGUACAAAUCAUCUGUUUAACGUGCAAUCUUUUGUCCUUUAGCUUACGAAGUGUCGCACGAAACGAUCUUGGACAGUUUUAUCGAGAAAACAGAAUGAGCAAUGUACGCAAAAUGGUAUUAAUUUUAUUAUGUAUAUGUAUAUUCCUUUUUUUUUAAUAUUAGAUCUUAGCGCUGUAUGUACAAGUCCAUUCUACUUUCCUAUUUAUACCGAGGAUUUUUCUCCUCGGCAAGAUAGCGUUUGUCUACUUGUCGUAGUAGGUAGUUUUUUUUUAGUAAUUAACAUAAUUAAUAUAAUUAAUUAAUUAAUAAUUUACAAUAGGGAUGGGCGAUAUUGAAAAGAGACAGUCGACAUUCGAAAAAGUAACAGAUUAUAAAAAUUACCGAUUUCUAAUUCGUUAGAAUCGUAAAAUGCAUCUGGCGUCAUCGAGUGUUGCCGUGGAAAGUAAACGAGGAGUAAAAGUUUUCCUCACUUGACAAGAUGAAAAAUCAGAAUGUCGUUCAGAACAAACUCAAGGCAAUUCAAAUUGAGUAUUACACACGCACAUACAUACAUAUAGGAGCCCAGUAAAGAGUACAGUCAGUCAAGUUUAGUAUUGCAAUUUAAUAACGUGGUUAUUAUUAUAUACAUUUAUAUUUAAUUAUUAAGAAGCUAUAUAUAUAUAUUAUUAGAAGAAUAUAUAUAUUAUUAGAAGAGGUAUUAAGAAGCUAUCGACAUACAGAUCAGUCGAAGUUAACAAAUCAAUUGUCUGCUCAACAAUUGAUUUAGUUAAAAAUAAAAAAAAGAAUCGAACAUCGAUUCAUCAGUCGUACAUCGCCCAUCUCUAAUUUACAGAUUGUACACACAUUCACCUUACACGCGUGGUUGCCAUCCACGCUGUUGUUAUGGCGUUCAAGCAUACGUUAUGUAUUAUGUAUAAGAUAUAUAUACGUAAAAAUAUAUAUAUAAGGCAUAUCUUUUAUAUAUAUAUAUAUAUAUAU